UCUGCCGCAAAAAUUAAAUUAUUAAACAAUGGCUGAUGCGUGGGAUAUAAAAACACUCAAGACGAAGCGGAACACCCUUCGCGAGAAGCUGGAGAAGCGGAAAAAGGAGCGGAUCGAGAUACUGUCCGAUAUACAGGAGGAUCAAACAAAUCCAAAAAAAGAGCUCGUUGAAGCUGACCUGGAGGUGCAGAAGGAGGUGCUGCAGGCAUUGAGUGCGUGCUCCUUGGCUCUGCCCAUCGUUUCGACGCAGGUGAUGGAAAAGGUCGCUGCUGCCGGCAGCAGCCUCGAAAUGGUCAACUUUAUUUUGGGAAAAUUAGCCAACCAGGGCGCCAUUUCCAUCCGAAAUGUAACCAUUGGCACAGAAGCGGGCUGUGAAAUCAUUUCGGUGCAGCCCAAGGAGCUAAAGGAGAUUCUUGAGGACAUUAACGACACCUGUCUGCAGAAGGAGGAGGAGGCUAAACGAAAGUUGGCAGAGCUUGUGGAUGCCGAAGAGGAUAUCCAACCGCUGGAAAAAACCAUGAAGAUCGAUUGUUCCUCCCACAAGGAUGCCCCCAAUGACAUAAUGAUGCUGCUGUCGAUGCCCUCCACUCGCGAGAAGCAGAGCAAACAGGUGGGCGAGGAGAUUCUAGAACUGCUGACAAAACCAACGGCCAAAGAGCGAUCCGUCGCAGAGAAAUUCAAGUCCCAUGGCGGAGCACAGGUCAUGGAGUUCUGCUCCCAUGGCACCAAAGUGGAGUGCCUCAAGGCGCAGCAGGCCACCGCAGAAAUGGCGGCCAAAAAGAAACAGGAACGCCUGGACGAGCAGGCACUAAGGAGAGAGGACGCGGGGAAAGCGAACAGCACAAAGCCGGCUAAGCCUGGCACCCCCCUGGAAACCACAUCGGAAGAUGGCGAAGUCAUAUCCGAAACGCUGACCAAUUGCGAGGGGGAAUCCCAAGAGUCCACCGAUGGCAGCGAUGCCUCCGGCGAGACACGCGACAAGUGCACAAAGCUCCAUUUCAAGAAGAUCAUUCAGGCGCACACGGACGAGUCCCUGGGGGACUGCAGCUUCUUGAACACCUGCUUCCACAUGGCCACCUGCAAGUACGUGCACUACGAGGUGGACACCCUGCCGCACAUUAACACGAACAAACCCACCGACGUGAAGACGAAGCUCAGCCUGAAGCGCAGCAUCGAUCCGAGCUGCACCCUGUACCCACCACAGUGGAUCCAAUGCGAUCUGCGGUUCCUCGACAUGACGGUCCUUGGCAAAUUCGCGGUGGUAAUGGCCGAUCCCCCCUGGGACAUACACAUGGAGUUGCCGUAUGGGACCAUGUCUGAUGACGAGAUGCGUGCCUUGGGUGUGCCCGCGCUCCAGGACGAUGGCCUGAUCUUCCUUUGGGUGACGGGGCGUGCCAUGGAGCUGGGCCGCGACUGCCUCAAGCUCUGGGGCUACGAGCGGGUGGACGAACUCAUUUGGGUGAAGACGAACCAGCUGCAGCGCAUCAUCCGCACUGGACGCACCGGCCACUGGCUGAAUCACGGCAAGGAGCACUGCCUGGUGGGCAUGAAGGGCAAUCCCACCAACCUGAAUCGCGGUCUCGACUGCGAUGUAAUUGUCGCCGAAGUGCGCGCCACCUCCCACAAGCCAGACGAGAUCUAUGGCAUUAUUGAGCGCCUCAGUCCGGGCACUCGCAAAAUCGAGCUCUUCGGCCGCCCGCACAACAUCCAACCGAAUUGGAUAACGCUGGGCAAUCAAUUGGAUGGCAUUCGCCUGGUCGAUCCCGAGUUGAUCACGCAAUUCCAGAAGCGCUAUCCCGAUGGCAAUUGCAUGUCCCCUGCAGCGGCAGCCAAUGCAGCGGCCAGCAUUAAUGGCAUUCAAAACUAAAAUUAAAGAAUAAGAUCACCUAACAUUAAGAUAACCCUUAAGCAAGGAAGCUUACCCUUGACUAAUAAAUGUAGAUCCUAACCAGUCUUUCGACGAUCGAUAAA